AUGGUUACGGAUUUCUUCGAAGACGCCACCGACGCCGCCAUCCUCCGGAUCUGCGAUCUGUUCAAGCACCCCGACGACCUCGCCAACAAGCUCGCCAUGGUCCGGAAAAAGUUCCAGCUCGAGCGGGCAUCGAUCGACGCCCAGCUCAAGACGGCAAUGGAGCUGCAGCUUGACGAUGCCAACCUUGGUCUCGAGACCCUCAAGUCCUCGAUGGACGAGACGAUGGUCAUCCGGGCCAAUCUGCUCGAGACCGACAAGCUCUGCGCCAACGCCAAGAACACCAUCGAGAACUAUGAGCAGAUCAAGCUGAUAUCCAAAACCCACCGCAACUUCAUCACCACGAAAAACAUGGUCGAGCAGUUCCAGAAACUCAACAGCCAAGUCAACCGCAUCCAGGGUCUCCUGGACGACGACCUGCGCGAUAUUCUGGGUCCGGCCGACAACCUGCUGCUGAUCCACUAUCAUCUCUUUAAGCUGCAAGAGUUUCGCGGCGAUGCCCUCAAGAAGGCCCGCGGCUCUGGUGCCGAGGCUAUUCAGACCCUAAGCAACUACUUCCGCAAGGUCGACGUGCUCGAAGAGUCCUUUGACAUGUAUUUCUGGAGCCUGGUCCGUCACAUUGUCGAUCUGGCCAAGAAGGGCCACAGCUGCGCGAUCGUCCGAAUCGUCAAGAUCAUCGAGACCGAGGAGCGCGCCGACGAAGAAGAGUCGGUCAAAGAAGCACAGGAGCACGACUCGGUCGAUCCAAACGACGAGCUGGUGCCGAAGCGGCACAUCAAGUCGUACCGCAUCAAGUGUAUCGACGUCCUGCGCGAAGAGAUUGGCAUCCGGGUUGAGGAGCUGCUCACCAACAACAGGAGCGAUCUCACCAAGCUGCUGGCGGGAUGCGACGGCUUCAUCGACGAUUUGGUUGUCAUCCACGACGACCUCGAGCCCUGCUUCCCCAAACGAUACAACAUCUUCCAGUUCUUUGUGCUCGAGUACCACCGCAACAUCUACGACCUCCUGAACAAGGUCGUCAGCGGACCCAUGGAGGGCGGCGCCAUUCUCAAGCUGCUCAAGUGGGUACGUGAUUACUAUGACUCGAUGAGCGGCCGCCUGGGCGUGGGCGAGGAGCUGCUGGAGCCCCGUCUGCUGGACGGGCGCGAAGAAGCCCUGUUUGAGGACUACAUCCGGCUGGUGCGCACCAAGCUUGCCGAGUGGCUCGAAAACCUGCUGUCCCGCGAGACGCAGGACUUUUUGCGGCGACAGAGUGCGCCCGAGACGGAGAACAACGGCACGUACCUGCUCUCGGGGUCGGUCAUUGUCUUCCAGAUGUUCAACCAGCAGGUCGACAUUGUGAUGACGUCGUCGCGCGGACCGCUCAUGUUCGACGUGAUAGCCGAGUGCUGCGAGGCUCUGGACCGCUACGGAGUCUAUUGGGGCGACGUUGCCGACCGCGAGUUCCAGCGCUUCUGCGAGAAAGAUCCCGAGCUGGGCGAAGGACUGCCGGACUACCUCGUUGCGCUCGCCAACGACUGCCUGCGAAGCACCGAGUUUGCCGACACCAUGAGCGGGCGGGUCGAGGGUCUCCUGGACGAGCCGUUCAAGACCCAGGCGCUCAGCCGCAUCAAGCAGAGCUCGGACAGCUGCAUGAAGCUGGCCAAGAAGUGCUACACACUUGUCAUCAGCAUCAUCUCGCUGGACCUCAAGCCGGCGCUGGUGCAGAUGCACUGCCCGGCGUGGUAUGAGCAGAACCUGAUGCUGCUGAUCACGGCCACCUUGGACGACUACCUGACGGACUUUCAAGAGCGCAUGGCCGAAUACCUGUUUUCCAAGUUUGUGACGGACAUGAUGGACCAGGUGGUGCUGCUGUGGAUCGAGACACUGCGCAACAAGUCGGCCAAGUUCAAGAUGGCAGUCGCGAUCGACAAGAUGAAGUCGGAUAUCGACUCGCUCAUUCUGACGCUGAGCAAGUUCAAGACCGCCAAGAGGGUCAAGACCUCGUUCGAGGUUGUCGAGAAAAUCAUUGGCUUUAUCGAGAGCAAUCCGCGCAUGGUGUUUCUGGAUUUUUACUCGCUGUACCGCUCGUAUCCGGAUGUGCCGCUGAGUUUUAUCGAGAGCGUGCUGUUCAAGCGCGACGACCUCGACAAGGCGACGAUCAAGGAGGUGAUGGAGAACUGCAAGACCAAGGUCAAGGAGGAGAACCGGGUGGACUUUACGCCGACGGUGUUCAGCCGGCUGUCUCCGGCAAAGUAG